AUGGAUGCUCUUUUCCAGAAGAACAUGAAGCUGUUAUUUGUUGCGGUACUUCUUUGUUCAUCACAGGCUCAGCUCACGAAUAAAAAGGAAGACACUUUGACGAAUAUACACAACAACUUCGACAAAUUCGCGAAAAAAUGUAAUGUUUACGACGAGGCGCACUAUUGUCACCAGAUUGUUGUCGAUCAACGAUUAAACUUAGCUGCCAUAUCAUACAAAUGUGAAUGCCCGGAUGGCUGGCGGUGUCCGUCAGGAAUUGCUGACACGAGAUUCGUUACCGAGUGUCAAUUUGACGAAUCAAAGCAUUGGCACCGAUGUCAAUUGAGAUGCACUCCGGUUAACGCGGAAUGA